AUGCCCUUCAACUAUGGCUUUCUCAGUCACAGCGAUCCGCUCGCGUUCGAUCCGAACAACUAUGUGCUCACCACAAACGGGUUCGGCCUGUUCUUGACCCAGGUCAUCAUCAUCAUCGUACUUUGUCAGGUGCUUGGCAAGCUUUUUAAACUUAUCGGCCAGCCCGCCGUUGUUGGUGAGUUGCUUGCCGGCAUCCUCCUUGGACCUACCGCGCUUGGCAACAUCCCGGGCUUUACCGAAACGAUUGUUCCCACGCAAGCAUUGGGUCUGCUCAAGCUGAUGGCCAACAUCGGGCUUUCGCUGUUCCUGUUCCUCAUCGGUCUCGAGACCGAUACGGAUCUCAUGGCCAAGUAUUGGCAAAAAGUGAUGCUCAUCACCUUGCCCGGCAUGGCCAUCCCAUUUGGUAUCGCAGUCGGCAUCUCGAGGCUCAUCUGGCAGGUAGAGACGGACCAGACCGUCAAGUUUACAACCUUCUUCCUCUUUGUCGGCACCGUCAUGGCCGUCACCUCGCUAUCGGUGCUCUCGCGCAUCAUGGCCGAGAUGAACAUCCUAAGCACUCGCCUCGGUUGCAUCACCAUCGCGUCCGGCGUGUGCAACGAUCUCAUCGGCUACGUGCUCCUCGCCUUGGGUUCAGCGCUCGGAACCGGAGGCAAACAGAUCGAUGCGCUGUAUCAGCUGCUGGCAGCGGCAGGCUACAUCUCUCUUCUUUGGUUUGUGUUCCGACCGCUCAUGAACCACCUCAUCGUCCGCAGCGGGUUCGACAUGACCACAGGAGCCGACGACCGUGUGCCGGAGCACCUCCUCGUGAUCGCUCUCGGCGGUGCCCUUGUCAGCGCUUUCUACACGGACGCAAUGGGCGUGCAUCCUAUCGUGGGAGCCUUUAGUUUCGGCGUAUGCUGUCCUCACGGCAACUUUGCAGUCAAGGUGACCGAAAGCAUCGAGACACUCGUCAUGAUCGUGCUGCUUCCGCUCUAUUUUGUUACCAGUGGGCUUAGCACCAACUUCAAGCUUCUUAGCGAUGGUACCACUUGGGGCCUCAUCUGCUUGCUGGUUGUCGGCAUCUUUGUCAGCAAGUUCGGCGCUACGGCUGCCUCUGCCAAGUUGGCCGGAAUGACGUGGCGCGAGUCUAUGUGUGUCGCAAGUCUCAUGCAGAGCAAGGGCAUCAUCGAGAUCAUAAUUCUCAAUGUUGCUCUUCAACUCGACGUGGUCAGCUCCAAGGUGUUUGCCAUGCUUGUCAUCUGCUUCUUGUGCACAACCAUGUCGGUGCGGCCUUUGUCCAGAUACGUCUACUUUUCCAGUCUCGCUCAGCAAGAGGCAGUGGGAGAGGGACAAGACGAGGACGGACAGCAUACGAGAGACGAGAAAGGAGCAUCUCACCGCAUCACCACAGAUGCGGUUGUUGAUUCGGUCGAUUUUCCCAUCACCGUUGCCAUCGCAUCCCCAAGUCCAGCGACAAAGACGCUCAUGUUCCUCCUCAACCUACUGGGUCAACAUAAUGCAGCAUCAUGCGGACCAGCUUCUAGCGCGGAUAUGGACGAAGAGGCAGCGGGACAGAUUGCUGUCGACUUGCUCCGCUUGCUGCCGAUCGAAUAUACCACUUCGUCCAUCAUGCAGCUCAUCAACUACUCCGAAGAGCGUCAUCGUGACGAGAUGAUGGAGAGUCUCAAGAAGGUGCAGCAACUCUGCCGGGUUCCCACGUCGGCCAUGCUGGCAAGCGAACGCAAGCUAGGCCACUUUACGGCAACCGUUACGACCCCUGGCGCUGCGACCAGCACAAAUGUAGCUCAUGCGGUGCCUCCGGACACAUUUAUUGUGCCUCGUCACGAGAUGAUCAAGACAAUCGGACACCAGAAUGCACGCGCACAACGCCGCCUGGGAACGGCUGACUUUGCCUUCUCGGAGCUUGGCCGAGGCAUGGCUCUGGUGACCUGGGAAGCGCACAAUUCGUACGGUCGAGGGCUUUCAUGGCUGGGUGCUGCUGCGGCUGCUAGCGGCCUCUCCUUUUCGAAGACGCUCAACGAAGAGGAUGCGGCUGUCAGUAUCUGGCAGGCCAAUUCGGACGCCCAGUCGCUGCCCUCUCGACUGUUUCGCAAUCUACGCAAGCAGUGCGCCAAGGGUGUAUUGCUCGAUCCAAGCAUGUCGCGUUUAUCGGUUACAUCGCUCUCCAACUCGCAUGAACAGCGAACUCUGGCGUCAUUGCGACGCGAGCUUGAGCGCAGUCAUGGCUUACAGAGACCGUUGGGCGUGCGGAGAAUCAUUGUGCCCUUCUUUGGAGGUGCGGACGAUCGUGCAGCGGUGGAGUUUCUGAGGAAGAUAGUGCUCAACUCGCCGGGCAGCGUGCAAGGCUUGGUCAUUACCUUUACCAAUGCAGGGGAUGCGAGCGACAAGACCACAGAGUCACUCGCGCUGGAAGCGGUCCUGCCUUCGACACUGCCCUUGGAGCAGCUGGCGGCUGAAGACGAUCACACCCAUUCCAUCAACCUGCAGACCAUUCAUCAGCAGGAAGCGGCUCGCGUCGACGCUCGGUUUCUGUUUCAUCAGCAGGAUGCAUCGGCUGCUGCUGCGGCGACGGUCAAGUCGAUCCCGGAAGAGAUUAUGGCUGUUGCUACGGCGAACGCCGCUGACACCGAUCGUGGAUCCAGCGCCUCACAGGUUGGCGACGAAAAAUCAACCAGGUCGCUCAACGAAGGCUCAGGAGCACGCAAGGAAGCCGGUAUCGUCUUUGUCACCCUUCCCUCGACACCCGAUACCAGCACCAACCCGAUUCGCAGCAUUUGCAAGUUCAUCCGACCUUUGCUAGAUGAGCAACAGGAUAUGGUCUUUGUCGGACGAGGCAAGUGGAACCAACGUCCGAAACAAUUUCGGCAGGAAGUGGAGAGCAUGCAUGCCGAGCAGCUGGCUUCGUCUGCGCCGCUGUCGGAAGAUCUGAGGGGGGAGCUGCGGACCGUCGGUAACUGCUUGGGGGCUGUUACGGAGGGACUGCUGCUGCAAGCACUCAGAUCAUGUGCUGUUGUUGUGCAGGCUGCUCAGGAGUGA